GAUGCAGAUAGAAUAUGACCGAAAAUGCUGUAAGUUGAAAGGACUGGAUGAAAAGGGUGCUAAAGCUAAUACAGUUGUUUCAACCUGCAAUAUAAUCAUUACAAAAUUAAGAACUGCAAUUCAAGUUGUUGACAAUAUAUCCGUGACUAUACCUCCCUCUUAUCGUCGGGGCCCCAUCGGUCUUAAUACCCGCCCAUCCCAGCAUUCCAUUGCAAAGUCUUCCCACAAAACCAGGAGCUUGCCAUGGAAGCAUGAUUUGUUUGAAGACAGCCUUAGAGCUGCAGGGAUAUCUGGAGUAGAAGUUGGCACCAAGUUAUAUGUUUCCAACUUGGACCCUGAAGUCACAAAUGAAGAUAUCAAGGAACUUUUCUCUGAGAUUGGAGAGCUGAAAAGACACUCGGUACAUUAUGAUAAAAACGGUCGGUCAAGUGGCUCAGCUGAAGUUGUUUAUCUUAGAAGGAGUGAUGCAUUUGCUGCUCUUAAGCGGUACAACAAUGUAAUGUUGGAUGGAAAACCCAUGAUAAUUGAAAUUGUUGGUGCCAAUGCAGACGUCCCUAUUUCUGCUCGUGUUAAGGUAACUGGAACAAAGGGAAGGAAGAAGAGGACUGUUGUUAUGAUGCCAGAAGCAGGUCAAUUGAGAAGAUCUGCUGGAAUUAGUCGUGGUCCUGACCGUCGUGGGGGUAUGACUAUGAGGAGUGGCCGUGGUGGAGGUGGUCGUGGUAGGGGCCGUGGAAAAAGGAAGCCUGUAGAGAAGUCAGCAGAUGACCUUGACAAGGAGCUUGAGAACUAUCAUGCUGAAUCCAUGAAUGUUUCCUGAAGUUUCAAACCAAUAUGGAAUUUUAA